CAGAGCACUAACUAAUUUUUAACAGAACUUCAAGUUCCAAAACACCAUUCUCCAUCAUUUUUCAUUUCUCACAAUUAUCUGAAUGAGAAUGUCAAAAUAUGAUUACAUUUUCAGCAUGUUGGUAGUUCUUAUUCUUGUUGUGCAAAAUCUUAAAACAAUACAAUGUCAUACAAAGGGAAUUAGACCAAUAAGUUCUUCUUCAGGGAACAAUACAACAAGAACAGAGUUAACAGAACAACAAUUCAUGAAAUGGGUGAGUUUUGUUGGUGGUCUCAAACACACAGUUUUCAAGGCUGCAAAAAAUAAGCUCUUUGCUUCUUACACUUUGCACGUUGAUAAGGAUCCUUCUAUUGGAGAUUUCACCACUAUUCAAGAAGCCAUUGAUUCCCUUCCAUCCAUCAAUCUUGUUAGAGUUGUCAUCAAAGUUCAUGCAGGUGUUUACAUGGAGAAAGUGAACAUUCCUCCAUUAAAAUCAUUCAUAACCAUAGAAGGAGAUGAUGCAGAUACAACAAUUGUUCAAUGGGGUGACACUGCUCAAACACCUGGUCCAAAAGGGACUCCAAUGGGAACACAUGGUUCAGCAACUUUUGCAGUUAAUUCACCUUAUUUCAUUGCUAAGAACAUUACAUUCCAAAAUACUUUUCCUGUUCCUGCACCAGGAGCAAUGGGAAAACAGGCAGUGGCAUUUAGAAUAUCAGCAGACACAGCAUCAUUUUUAGGAUGCAAAUUUUUAGGAGCACAAGAUACACUUUAUGAUCAUGUUGGUAGACAUUACUAUAAGGAUUGUUACAUUGAAGGUUCUGUUGAUUUCAUCUUUGGCAAUGCUCUUUCAUUUAUGAAGGGAUGUCACGUGCAUGCAAUAGCAAGAAAUGCAGGGGCAGUAACAGCACAAGGAAGAAGCAAUGAAUUGGAAGACACAGGAUUUUCAUUUGUGAAUUGUAAGGUGACAGGUUCAGGAGCAUUAUACCUAGGAAGAGCUUGGGGUCGUUAUUCUCGUGUAGUCUUUGCUUAUACAUAUAUGGAUAAUAUCAUCAUUCCUAAGGGAUGGUAUAAUUGGGGUGAUCCUAAUCGUGAAAUGACUGUAUUCUAUGGACAAUACAAAUGCAGAGGAGAUGGAGCAAACUUUGCAGGAAGAGUAUCAUGGUCAAGAGAAUUAACUGAUGAUCAAGCUAAACCUUUUCUUUCACUUUCUUUUAUUGAUGGCACUGAAUGGAUCAAUUUUUAGUUUAUUCAUAUAUAUAUAUACACAUUGAUUCAUUUUUUAAAAUAUAGUUUAUUUUCUUGGUGGAAAUUUUUGUGAUGGUAAA